UAUUGUACAGCACAUAAAUCAAUCCCUUAUAAAUUAGUAUUUGGACAGCUUCCCCAUUGCGAUACUAAUUUAGCUGAUAUAUUGGAAAAUGAAGAAUCAUUGAAUAAUCAUGCCCUAGUAUCUGAAGAUUCCCAAUCGACUAUUGUUUCUGAAAUCAAUAACAAAACAGCAGAAUCAGAACUUGAUGAAAUAUAUUUUGAGGAAUUACAAGAGUAUAACAAUGAUGAUGAUGACAAACAAGAGUUUAAUAAUAAAUCAUUAUAUAAUUUUGAAAUUAGAGAGUUUGAUAAUGAAUCGUUAUAUAAUUCUGAAAUUGAAGAGUGUUCUAAGCACACACUAACCCCAGAAAUUAUUGAAAUUGUCAAUUCAGAUAUGAUUCAAGUGAAAAUUAAUGUUAUACUUGGCAAAAAAAAGAGAAGUGGCAGUCUCAAAUGA